AUGAGUGGAAUCAAAGUCCAGGUCUUACCAAACAACAGCGAAGUGACAAAUAUGAUGGUAAAAGGUAUGCAGGGAUUAAAUAGAUCCAUAAGAGCAAGCAUCAAUACAAGAGAAAAAUGUUUCACUGAUUACAUUGAUAGAUGUGCAAAAAUGAUUCGCAGUUGCCCAGAAAUAUUAGAUGUCAAGAAUAAGAGCCAAAAGGUUAUGAUGGCAAGAGAAAUUAUCAGCGAUAUGCUCAGCCACAUCUAUGAAAAUAAAGGAUACGACUCAUACGGUAAAUCACUUAAAAGCAGUACAUAUCUCUUUUCUGCUUAUUCGCAUCCAGAUUUGGAAAGUCUUAAUCGAUACAUUCGGCUGCCAUCCGAUGAAACAUUAAAGCAAAGCUUUCAAGAACAAAUAAACAAGCAUACUAAUGAUAUAAAGGCGCACAAAAUCAUUCCAGGCUUAGAUGAUUUAUAUUGUUCGAUUAUUUAG